UUCGUCGCUCUCUGGCCAGUUCAGAUCAGGAUAUUCUCAGUGGUUCCCAAAAUGCACUCGAGAAAAUAUUAUCUUAUCAAUCGAAUCAACUUAUUAUAGAUUAAGUUUGUUCAUAUUUUCCUCUCUUAGUUACCACAUCCAUCUACUAGUAAGUAGAUCGAUCAAAAAAUCCUGCAGCGAUGAACCAACUCCUCUCAACCACUGUGCUGUUGUUCAGCUUUAAAUUGAGCGAGGUAACAAUGAUGUUUCCCAACGCUUACGAUGUUCUCGUCGAACUGCCUUUUUUCGUAGACAAGACCGAAAUGUUGAAAACUCUAUUCGACGACGAACAACCAUCCCAAGCAGGUAACCCUUUCUAUUACAUAACUUGUCCCAGAGGUUUCGGCAAAACGAUAAAUCUCCUCAUGGUGAAAAGUUUCGCCGAAAUAAUCCUCGACGAAAACGGCCAUCCUAAGAAUUACACCGAAACCGAAACAUUCGCCAGAUUUAGCAAGCUGAAUAUCGCCAAGCACGACAACAUUAUGUCCAAUCAUAUGGCUCGGUAUCCGGUCAUCAUUAUCGAUUUGUCGGAUAUCUUCCAUUACGGUACGUCUUUGGAGGAUACCUGUUUAGCCUUAAAUACCAUCUUAUGGUUCGAGCUGCAAAAUUACAUCAAACUGCAUGAACUGGACAAACACUUGGAGAAAUUCGAAAAACCCGAUCGACAGUUCAUACAGAACAUCCAGAGGAAAAACUUCACCGCCGAACAGGUACAAAUGGGGCUGUAUCGAUUGACCAAAAUCUUAUACGAAUUAUUCAACGAGACCAAGGUGAUUAUAUUAGUGGACGAGUUCGAUACAACUGCCACUUUAUCCUUACUGACUACCAAAACGUAUGCAUUAGAGGCGAAUGCCAUGAUAAAUGGUAUGCUGACUCAGGCAUUCGAAUAUGCUCGUAAAUACAUCAAACUAGUGCUACUUACAGGCAUAACCACACUUUCGUACAGCUCGGAUCCCAACAAAUUGCAUAACACUCCUCAUUUUCCUUUCUUGAACGAUCACCAAUUCACUGCUUUCUACGGAUUUGGCGAGCAAGACGUGGAUAAAUUAUUCGAUAAAUACGAAUGCGACGAAACCGAAAGAAUCCAAGUACGCGAACGUCAUAAAGGAUACUCGAGUUCUCAAAAUGGAACCAUUUUGUAUAAUUCUUUUUCCAUGGUUAAUUACUUUAUGAAUAAAGAAAAUGAUACCAAGGUAGCAUCCGAAGCUGUGGUAAAGAAUGCUUUUAAACAACGCACACCCUUGGGACCGAUGUCUAAUUUUUUAAAGAACUCCGAGUUCCGCAAGCAUAUCGAGGAUUUAUUGGAAAAAGGCAAGUUUACGUAUCCGAUAUCCAAGAUACAUCAUCCUGAUGCCAUCAACACGUUGAUGAUGCUGAAAGGACGUCGAUUUGCUGGCACCGAACCCAUCCAUGUACCUACAUUCUUCACUUUCUAUUUCGAAAUGGGGUAUUUUAGUCACUUCGGUGGAAAUCACACUUACGUUCUUCCCAAUCAAGAAGUCACCGAGACUCUCGAUGCAAUUAUGAAAGUUUACAAAGAACUGAGUGCUCAAACUACUCCGUCGAGGGUGUGAAUCUAUGCGACCUUGAAUUUCUCCUUAGGCCUUUGGAGACAUCACUUCGGAGAGUUUGAAUGAUACAGAAAGCACAGUCUGGAAAUAUCAUAGGAGAGGAAAGUUUUUUUUUUGAUUAUGUUUCAUUUACUUAUCAGUAUUUUUCAAUACAUCCUCGUGUUUUAAACUGAA